AGUGCAUGCACAGUGCAGUCAGGGACAACCUUCACAAGCACACAGUUCAUUUCUCACGGAAACAAGUUACUGAAAAGGAUGGACGCCGGCAUGGACUUGCUCCACAGCUCCGGAGUGAGCAUGGUGCAGUACCUCCAGACCCACUACAGAGACUCCCAGAGCUGGUUCCUGUUCGUCUCCUUUGCUGCAGACCUCAGGAACACCUUCUUCGUCUUCUUCCCCAUUUGGUUCCACUUGAGCGAGUCGGUGGGAGUCAAACUCAUCUGGGUGGCCGUCAUCGGGGACUGGCUCAACCUCGUCUUCAAGUGGAUUCUCUUUGGACAGAGGCCCUACUGGUGGGUUCACGAGACCACUUACUACAGCAACUCUUCAGUGCCUCACAUUGAGCAGUUCCUAGUCACCUGUGAAACCGGACCCGGCAGUCCUUCGGGCCACGCCAUGGGUGCAGCUGGAGUUUACUACGUCAUGGUCACCUCCAUUCUGACCAUUGUGCUUCACAAAAACAAGCCCUUAAACACAAUCAAAAACUGGUGUGUGCGUGCUGUGCUGUGGUCAGUGUUCUGGGGUGUCCAGCUUUGUGUCUGUCUGUCCAGGAUCUUCCUGGCUGCCCACUUCCCACACCAGGUCAUCACAGGGGUAAUCAUAGGCAUGAUCGUAGCCGAAGCUUUCAGCCACAUCCAGUGGAUCUAUGGCGCCAGCCUGAAGAAGUACUUGCACACCACCCUGUUCCUGUUCUGCUUCGCUCUGGGUUUCUACCUGCUCCUCAGUGCUCUGGGAGUGGACCUGCUCUGGACGCUGGAGAAAGCCAAGAGGUGGUGCGUCCGAGCCGAGUGGGUCCACAUGGAUACCACCCCUUUCGCCAGCCUGCUCCGCAACCUGGGCACCCUCUUCGGACUGGGGCUGGCCCUCAACUCCCCACUCUACACGGAGAGCUGCCAAGGGAAGCAGGGCCACAGCGCCCCCUUCAGGCUGGGCUGUAUCGCUGCCUCACUGGUGGUGCUCCAUCUCUUCGACUCCUUCAAACCCCCCACCAAAAUAGAAGCCUUGUUUUACCUGCUGUCUUUCUGUAAGAGCGCAGCUGUGCCACUGGCCACUGUGGCCAUCAUUCCUUACUGCAUUUCCAGCAUGCUGAAUCGGCAUGACAGGAAGCUUUUAUAAAGCACAGACUAGCUACUAAUGUGGACAGGGUGCUACAAAGAAUAGGAUUUAUUCACCCUGUAAUGAGGUUUUAAAUUUGUGAGCUUUUUCCAUUCUCACAGAAUACUCUACACAAGUACAGCUCAACGACUGUUAUCUUUUGGAGUGAGUGUUGUUUCAUUUAUUCUACACACUUCCCCAGUCCAGCGAACAAGAUUGAUACAGACUGAAGGCUGCCCAACUUUACCCCAUAUCAAACAUAUCUAAGCUGAUACCUUGACAUGGCAAGAUAUUCUAGACGCUUUUUCUGCACUGAAUGACAGGUUUUCCCCAUGAUGUCAUCGGCCAACCAGAUGACUCUGCAGAUCAGAAGUGACAGCAAUAAUGAAGGGAAGGGAAACAUGGUAUGGCCCCUUCAUUGACAGAGACAGCAAGCUGUAAGUGCCAUGGCAAGGAAUGAGAGACAGACAGUCUAUGGGUGAUGGUGAAUGAAGCAUUGUAGAGGCUCUACUCUGUAUAAUUUCCUAUAAUAUUUCAUUAAUCCAGAACAUUAGUGAAAGAAUUAGGCCAAAGAGAAUAGGGUCGGUUGCCAUAAGACAUGAAAUAGGCACACUUUAAUAUUGUUUUACAACAUUAAUGACUUUGUGAGAAUUGUGUGCCUGUACUUUUCAAAUAAGUAGUGUAAACUUUGAAAUAGACAACCUAUGGACAAGCAUGGUUGAAAAUGAGAACAGUCUGAAAAGCUCAACGCCAUUUGCCACAUAUAUUUUAUUCAGAAAAACAAUUUGUUAAAUAUAUCUGAGUAAAGUACCUACAGCAUGUUGUUAUGCAAUAAAGAGUUAAUGAGGAGAAAAACAGUUGGAAACCUGUAAUAACUACAGGCACAUUGAGUUAACAAAGAGAUAUGCAGCCUCUAAUUAUAGCUAUUUUUGACUUAGUUUUUCCUAUUUAAAUAACUUUUUUUGAAGUAGCCAGCACCAUCUGGUAAUCUUCCACUUUAGAAACAGGUUUACUUCAGUUUUGUGAUCUACUUACUCUUUAAGAGUACGGUUGGGAAUAAGCGCUGAAGAAUGUAAAAUGCAAAAAGAUUUCACAUGUCCUAUAACACAUUGUAAAUACCUCAUUAACUAAUUACACAACUAUACGACACUUUUACUUGCUGUUUUCUGAUGAGCACAUGUGCCACACAAUAUGGAACAAUAUAAAAAACCACAAGAGGAGCGCUCUGCUUCUCCAAUAGCCAUCCAUGGCACUACUACAUGGUUUGCUUUUUAACCCAGAAAGCCAAUAUAGUAUUUUAGUGUGAGGUUGUUAGGGGGUAUUUAUUUGAGGUUCUUUGGGAGCUGCUUGUAAAGAUUGUAAAGCUUACAGCAGUUAUCACUGUUGUUAUCAAUAACCUCUCUUGGGUGUUUUGAGUUUAAAUGGCUUGCUUUUAUAAUAAUAAAAAAAUGUAAAACUAA